UAACUUCCGGUGAUCUUUAAAUUUCCCGCGUGCAUGUCAUCGUAGCGGCUCAAGUUUCCUCUCCGUCUUCAACCAGGUUUAGGGUUCUCGUUUUGUUGCAGUUGUAGUUAGGUAAGAUGUCGAGCGCACAGUACGAUGGUGGAGCGUCUCUAUUCUCCGGUGGCGGCUUCAUGCCAUCUCAGGCCACCCAAACACCCGAGUCCGGCUUUUCCAAGGCCCGUGCAGCUCAAGGGAUUCUCCCGCUUACAGUGAAACAGAUCAGUGAGGCCUAUGAUUCCAACGAUGACAAGUCCAAUUUCGUUGUAGAUGGAGUUGACGCCACCAAUGUGAAACUCUUGGGUAUCAUGAUGAAUAAGAUAGAGAGGGUCACUGACGUUUCGUUUGUCCUAGAUGAUGGAACUGGGCGGAUUAAUGUGAAUAGAUGGGUUAAUGAAACUUCAGAUACCAACGAAAUGGCUAUUGUUCAAAAUGGGAUGUAUGUCACCAUCCGAGGUAGUUUGAAAGGAUUUCAGGGCAAACGACAAGUUGUUGCUUACUCUGUCCGGCCUGUGAUUGACUUUAAUGAGGUGACUCUCCACUAUCUAGAGUGCAUCCAUGUACAUCUGGACAACACCAGACCAAAGGUAAAUACUGUUAUUGGAACUGUAACUCCAAAUCAGAAUGAUUUUAAAGGAUUUCAGACUCCUCUUACUAAUCCAAUUCCAGGCAUGAAAUUUUCAGAUAAUGAUAUCCAAAAAAGGGUCCUUGAUGUUUUCAUGGAACCAGCUAGCCUUGUGCGAGAACAGGGAUUACAUAUUGAUGAAGUUAUUAGAAGACUUGAUUUGCCACGGAACAAGAUCAUGGAAGCUAUUUCAUAUCAUAAUGAUCUUGGUCAUAUCUACUCUACAAUCGAUGAUUUCCAUUUCAAGUCUGCAAUGAAUGGAUGAAUGGUAUGAUGAAUCUUUCUACGUCGCCAUCUGCAAUUGGCAAUUCUCUUUGUUUUAUUUUGAAUGUUUUUGCUCUGCUCUUUUAGAGUUUUUGUUUUUUCUUCACAGUUUUGUUCUUUUAGUUUUUCUGGUUAAGUUCUGGCAAACUCAAGCUUUUUACAAGCUUUCAGACACCCAUAAUCUUGUUGUAAGCUUAUUUAUCAAUGAAAUUCAUGGGCUAAUUAGAUCCAUGUUGUUGAUC